CGGCGAACGCGGACCCCGAAACGCGCCUUCCCGGCCCCCGCGGCCCCGCUGCCUUCGGGCUGGAAGCGCCGAACUUUGAGGCGCUGCCACCGCCACCUGCCUCGGCCCCACGGAGCUACACCGCUCCUGGAAUGCCUGAGAAAAGCCCGAGGAUUGUUCUGAAGGGCGAAUCUCACCCAAAAAUGAGGCAGUCCUGCAUGAAGCCAUAGCCUAAUUUCCCUGGUACACAAAGGAAGACAGAGGCAAGAAAGGAACAGCAACAUCAAGAGGGAAAUCCUCCUCAUAAAUACCUGAAGUCAGAGAGGCUCCAAAUCCAGAUCCUGAGGCCUAUUGCAAAAGUUGACACAGAUCCCAUUGAGCUUAUGCUACAAUGACAACUAGAAUAUGGACAGAAAACACCUGAAGAAAAAGAUUGAAAAACUCCUGGGAGAUUAUGUUGGCAUCAGACUACGAGAAAAAGAAUUUGAUCCAAGAGGACAAAGGCCACCCACCUUUCUAGAUGACAUGGUCCAUUACAACUUAGCCCUCAGUGUUGCUUUACUGUGGCUUAGUGACUUGGAUGCUCCGAUUGCACUGACAAGAGAGAAAAUGAGCUUUGCAGCUCGCAAAACAUAUCCCAACCGAACUGAGAGAGAAGCUAUGAUAUUAUCUUCAUACGCUGGAAUAUUAAUGAACAGCAUUCCUGUAGAAGACAUCUUUGAGAUUUACAGCAUGAGGCCCUCAGCAACACACUGGCAGAGGUCUGCAAAUGACCCCUGGAUUCAACCUUUCAGGUUCUCCCUGCAUCCAUUUGCCAUGCUGACUGCCCCUGAAGCUGCAGAGUAUGCUUGGAAGCAAAGCAUCAAGUACCAGACAGCAACAGCACAUCAAAAGCAAGGACCUUGUUCAGCAAGGAGAGCUAAAAAGGGCCACAAGCAACUAGACCCACUGACCAGAGGAAAGCAACACGUUGACAAAGUAGGUCUGAAGAAUUCAAACAAGCCAGUAAACAGUGUUUGCAACACUAUCACUGGAUGUCACAGAGUGGCACUUCAGGCCACUUGGAGCCCACAAAGCCUUCCGAGUCUGCCCUUCUCAGUUCUCUUUAGCAUGAGAUGUUUCAUAGCAGCGCUAGUUUAUAAAAUAGUGUCAAUUCUAAAUUGGACUGCAAGCUAUUAACAGGAGGUGUCACUCGUGAGCUGGAAAGUCAGUUCCAGUAAUAUUCAAUAUACACAUGGAAAGCACUCUCCUGGCUAAUAUCCCUGAAAAACAUAUUCACUACUAUCGCUUUUAAGUUUAAAAAAACCAAACCUUUUGUUACAAAAAUUAACAAAAACCUAACUCCAUAAAGAACCCAGUAAUGUCAGAUUAGCCCAGCACGUU